AUGCCGUGCGUUGUCAACGAAGCCCGUGUUGAGCACCGGUCGGGCAAUAACACUGAGCGGUCAGCGGUUAGUCCUGUGACUUGUGUACCGAAAACGAUUGAAAAACAGAAAAAUAUGUAUAAACCUAAUUAUCACGCCUUCUCUAUUGAAUCAUUGGUCGGAAACUUGGAUAAGAAAAAAUGCAACACUAAUAGUGACAAUAAUAUUGUUGAGACCCCUGAAGACGAAAAGUUGUCGCGCAAGUCGUCCACAGCGUUGGAAUCGUUAACAUUAAUUUCUUCAUCUUCGACAACACCAUCGCCGACACCCAGUAAUGACAAACAACCAGCGAAUGGCCUGAAAAUACUUAACGAUCAAUACGUAAACUAUAGUAAUAACAGAUUGUCGCCCUCAUCGACGUCGUCGUCAUCAGCGGCCAACAAAAAUGGUAUUUUAGGAUCAUAUAUGACAACCAAUCAUCUCAAUGAAAGCAGACUCGCUAGUCAACAGAUAGCAACUACUCCUCCCGGUGCUCAUCAAUACAGUAGUCACAGAAAAGCCGAAAACAAUAACGCCGUCAUUACUCAUAACCCUAUUGUUAUCAAUAAUAAUAACAAUAAUAAUAAUAAUCAUAGCAUUAGUAAAACAUAUGACCAGAUAUUAAAUAUGAGAGCAAAUAUGAAUAACGGACAUAAUAUAGCUAACAGAGCACACAGUCCAUCGGCACUGGCGGCUCACCAUCAUAUGAGUCAAUUUGUCGACGGCGCCGGUAGUCAUCUUUUACAGUCGUCACCGUACGCCAACAGUCAGUACUAUUGUAGCCAAUUAUAUUACCGUCCAUUUGAGAACCGGCUCAUUACUGCCGGCAACCCAUUCCUGCCACAAGUUUGCGGUUACGGUGCUUCUGGUGUACCAAACUUUUUGUUGGGACCGUUCCGUAAGCCUAAGCGCAUACGUACAGCAUUCUCACCGUCACAACUGCUCCGACUCGAAGAGGUCUUCGAGAAGAACCAGUAUGUGGUCGGCAGUGAACGCAAACAGUUGGCUCGGGAUCUGAAUCUCAGCGAAACUCAAAUAAAAGUGUGGUUUCAAAAUAGACGUACAAAACAUAAGCGCGUGAAACACGAGGAAGACAUCAAAGGUGGCAAUGGAUUCAACGGUAGCCACAAUCGACAUCACGACGGCUCAGAUAUGGUAAGCACUGAUGAAGACGAGGACGAGGAUAUUGAUCCCACUAAUUAUUAG